GGGCGGGGCCCGCCCUCCGGCCCAGACGUGGCGCGGUGGUCGGGCGGUUCACCUCCAGCUUGGCACCUUCCGGCCGGUACCCAUGCAUCUCCCGCUGCCUCCGCGGCCCCUACUGCUGCUUCUCGCGGCACUCGCGGCCGCCACCACCACCUUCCGGCCCGACUGGAACCGUCUGCACGGCCUGGCCCGAGCCCGGGUAGAGACCUGUGGGGGAUGACAGCUGAAUCGCCUGAGGGAGGUGAAGGCCUUUGUCACCCAGGACAUCCCAUUCUAUCACAACCUGGUAAUGAAACACCUCCCGGGGGCCGACCCAGAGCUCGUGCUGCUGGGCCACCGCUACGAGGAACUGGAGCGAAUCCCACUCAGCGAAAUGACCCGCGAGGAGAUCAACGCGCUGGUGCAGGAGCUCGGCUUCUACCGCAAGGCGGCGCCGGACGAUCCUGUGCCCCCCGAGUACCUGCGGGCGCCCGCUAAGCCCGCCGAAGGCGCUCCGGCCCGCCCUGACCUGUAGGUCCGGGGGCGCGGUACCCCCCCUGCCUGAGCCCUGGGGACAGAAUGAAGCGUUCAGCGUCCCGGGAGCACCUCCCUCGCUGAGGGCCGACGCCCGGUCCCGGAGCUGCAGGGAUAGAGUUGGGGAUUCCUCCUAACCCCUCUUCCCUCCCUAGGUCAACUAAAUCCCCUUCCACCUUAAACUGA